GUUGGGUAUAUUUUUCAUGAUUGGAUUCACCUUAUAAAUCUUGUACUGUUAAUUAAAUGGAGUUGCUAAUGGUGUCGACAUUUCAUGGACGUGCAUACUGUAUAUUAAAUCCAAUAAUUACAUGAUUUAACCUCUUUUAUAUGACUCUAAUGUAACACAUGGCUUCAUCUAACCGAAACCAACUUGUUCGUGACCCAAAUCGUCGUAAAUCGAAUCCGUCAUUCUAGUGUCUUCUUCCCCGCUGAGUGCUGCCGCCGUCUCUCCUCUCUUGUGCUUCUGCGCGCAGGAGCAGACUGCGAGGGAGAGAGACCUGGUCGAAUCUCUGGGCGGAGCUCGUCUUGCACGAGAAGACGACUCAUCUUCUCGAAGAAAACUCGAAGUUUUUUACUGCUGCGACGCUACUUUUUCCGACUAGCCUCAGCUUGGACCCCCCAGUGCUGUUAAGAGAGCACAUAUCUCACAUGUUUAUGCGCGGAUGGCGGUGCCGGCGCCGACCCUUCCACGUGUUGGUUCCCGUUGCAGCGUCGCCUGCGAAUCCAACGUCUCCGUCCAAGCAUCUCAAUCACCUCCUCCGCUCCUGCAGAGACGUCCGAUCCCUCCUCCAACUCCACUCCCGCAUCCUGGUCCUCGGGUCCCUCGCGGACGACGCCACCUGCAUCCUGCUUCUCAACUCCUACUCCUCCUUCCGCCGAUCGGACGCCGCCCUCGCCGUCUUCAACACCUCUCCCAAUCCGUCCAUGGCCUUGUGGAACUCCAUGAUCCGGUGCUACACCAGGACCGGCGAGCACAAGAAAGCAGUCGAAUUUUACUACCGCCUGCUGCGGCGAGGGCUUGAGCCCGACAAGUACACCUUCACCUUUGCAUCCAAGGCCAGCGCCGGCGCUUUUGACUUGGAAACUGGUGAUAUGAUACGGCAGGAGGUUGCAAGGAGAGGGCUCUCAGGUGACGUCUUCAUUGCCACCGGCCUUGUUGACAUGUAUUGUAAAUUGGGUAUGGUCACGACUGCCCACGAGCUGUUCGAGUCAAUGGCGGAGACGGAUGCGGUUUCAUGGAAUGCCAUGAUCGCGGGUUUCUCCCAGAAUGGCCAUCCUCGAGAAGCUUUGGCUCUUUUUAAGAGGAUGCAGGUGGCCGGUGAAGUCCCCAAUUCGGUCACAUUUCUAAACUUGUUUCCGGCAGUGUGUGAACUCUCUGCUCUUAUUUUGUGCAGGGUUAUUCAUGGUUUCCUCACUAGAAGAUGCCUUCUGUCUGUCGUAUCUAAUGGGUUGAUUGAUACCUACUGCAAAUGUGGGAGCACUGGCAUUGCUCGUAAGAUUUUUGACGGAAUGUCAAGCGGGAAAGAUGAUGUAACUUGGGGAACGAUGAUAUGUGGCUAUGUAUUUAAUGGUUAUUAUGCAGAUGCUCUGGUGCUUUUUGAUGACUUGAAAAGUGAAGAUAUAAAGUUGAAUCAGGUAGCGGUGGUGAGUGCCCUCUCUGCUGCAUCUGAGACAGGAGAUCUAGAGAAGGGAGUGAGCAUCCAUAAUUAUGCAACUGAGAAAGGAGUGGAUUCAGAUAUUUCAGUCAAAACAAUGCUCGUCACAAUGUAUGCAAAGUGUGGAGACUUGGAGAAGGCAAAGUCACUGUUUGAUGGGAUAAAAGAGAGAGAUGUUGUUGCUUGGUCAGCAAUGAUUUCGGCCUUUGUCCAGGCCAAUCACCCUACAGAUGCAUUAGUUCUUUACCAGGAAAUGCAAAUGGCAGGUCUAAUGCCAAAUCAAGUUACCAUUGUGAGUCUACUUCCAGCUUGUGCAGACUUGUCAGAAUUGAAGUUAGGAAAGAGCAUCCAUUGUCUUGCCCUGAAGUCAAACAUUCACCUGGAUGUUUCGGUGGGGACUGCUCUGGUGGCAAUGUAUGCUCAGUGUGGAUCCUUCACUUCUGCACAUUCUUUGUUUGACAACAUGGAAUACAAAGAUAUUGUGACCUGGAAUGCAUUGAUCAAUGGAUAUGCACAAGUUGGCGAGGCAGGAAAAGCUUUGGAGUUUUUUAAUCGACUGCGAUCGGCGGGACACUGCCCAGAUCCUGGUACCAUGGUAGGUGCCCUUCCAUCCUGUGCUCUGUUGAAUGCUCUUGAGAUCGGUGCUUGUCUUCAUGGCCUGGUUAUCAAAAACAGUUUUAAUUCAGAUCUUCAUGUGAAAAAUGCAACCAUUGAUAUGUAUGCCAAGUGUGGGGACCUUCCAUCUGCUGAGUUUUUGUUCUUAGAGACCAAGUCUCAUGAGGAUGUGAUAUCAUGGAAUACCAUGUUUGCAGGAUACAUGAACAAUGGUCGUGCUAACGAAGCUAUAUCUGCCUUUCGCCUGAUGAGAGCUGAGAAUAUGAAGCCUAAUUUAAUUUCGCUAAUCAGCAUAUUACCAGCAGCAGCAUUCCUAGCUGCAUUAAGAGAAGGCUCUGCUCUUCAUUCCUACAUAAUCAAGAUCGGCUUGGUGUCUCAAGUGCUUGUUGGGAACUGUCUAAUUGACAUGUACACAAAAUGUGGAAGGCUUGAUAAUGCCAGAGACUUCUUCAACCAAAUGGAUCAAAAAGAUACAGUAUCGUGGAACGUAAUGCUUGCUGGAUAUGCCAUUCAUGGACAUGGUGAAAGCGCCAUCUCUUUGUUUCUGCAGAUGAAGGAUAAUUACGUCAAGCCAGAUUCUGUGUCCUUUCUUGGUGUACUGUCUGCUUGCAGACAUUCAGGCUUAGUUGCAGAAGGAAAAAAGUUCUUUGAAUCUAUGAUGACAGAACACCAUUUGGAACCAAACGUAGAGCACUAUGCGUGCAUGGUAGAUUUGCUAGGUCGUGCUGGUCAAUUAGGUGAAGCUUGGUCCUUGAUUCAAAGAAUGCCAAUGACUCCUGAUGCUGGUGUAUGGGGAGCGCUGUUGGGUGCUUGUAGAAUGCAUUCUGAUGUAGCAAUGGGGGAAAUUGCACUGGAUCAUUUAGUCAAACUGGAGCCUCAGAAUGUUGCUCAUCAUGUGGUUCUCUCAAAUAUAUAUGCACAGGUUGGAAGAUGGACCGAUGUUAGAAGGAUGAGAUCGGCAAUUAAUCACAUAGGUGUGAAUAAAACUCCUGGUUGCAGUUGGGUCGAUAUUAGGAACACUAUCCAUGCAUUUAGUGUUGGUGAUCAAUCUCACCCACAAUAUGACAAGAUGCGUGAUAUUUGGAACGAUUUGCGUGAGAAAAUGGAGAAGAUGGGUUAUGUUCCUGACACAAGUUCAGUGAUGCAUAAUGUUGAAGAAGAGGAGAAAGAAUCCUUCCUCUCUAGUCACAGUGAAAGGUUAGCCAUAUGCUUUGCUCUUUUAAGCACAGAACCCGGUAUGACUAUCCAGAUUGUAAAGAACCUCCGUGUUUGUGGAGACUGCCACACCGUGUUUAAAUUUGUGUCAGAGAUAGCUAACCGUGAGAUAAUUGUCAGAGACUCCAGUCGUUUCCAUCAUUUCUGUAAUGGCAUAUGCUCAUGCAAAGACUACUGGUGAUUUCAACUCGAAAACAUAACCUGCUCUAUGUAGAUGUCAGGAGAUACCGAUCAAAUCAAUCUCAAAAAGACUGCAGCUUUGAUCAACAAGAGUUGAGAAGUUGGCUGAUAUUUUAGGAACACAGCUAGAUGCGACAUUCUGCUUUCUGUUGCAUCCUUCUCACACCUCGGCCCAAAACAUUACGAAUUUUGCCAUUAUAAAGGAGUACUCGAAGGUGGGAUGGAUGUUGGAUAUAAAGUCUUUAUAAUUGCUCGCAACGGAUGGGUAUCAAGUCCUACAAUAUCAAACUCCAGGAUACAUAUCUCAGUCCCAGAAACAGUGAAGCUGCAGCUAGCAACCUAAAAGGCCAUCCACCCUGGUUAUCACUGAAGAGACAUGCUUCUCAAAGCUGCAGUUUACAUUGUGCAUCAGGGAAACAUGGCAAACAAAAGAGACGUAUCUUCAAUUCAACAGUCGGUAUUUGAGAGCCUAUUCAACAGGGUUGCCAGAAAACCUAUAAAAUGAAGAGGGGGGUUGAAAGCUUUUGAAGAGCUAAUAAUGUUGUCGGGCGAACUAAUGCACGGUUUUACUCUCGCAGCACUGCUAGUUAGGAUUUAUCUGCUAUCAAUUUCUUUCUAAUGUUUCCCAUUUUAAUUUAAUUUUGUUCUUGUUAUAAGUCUGCGGUCAUUCUGUCCAUGGAAUUAGUUUGUUUACUCAGCUAAAGCUCAUGACAGAGCUUAUAACAGCAAAAUAAUUUUCAUCACUAUAGUCUUUUAAUGG